AUGACUGACUCGAGUUUAAAUUUUACAAUCCGUCCAAUUUUACCAACCGACGCGGAUUCUUUUUGUCGCAACUUAAAUAACACGCACAUUACUGACAAUUUACGUGAUUACCUUCCAAAGCCAUACACGAAACAAGAUGCCAUCGAUUACUUAAACUUUGUUAAAGACCAUCACAUUGGGUUCUAUGGUAUAGACAUUAAUGGGGUUUUAAUAGGAGCAAUUGCAUACAUUCCAAGUACAGAUGUCAACCGGUAUAGUUCAGAAAUUGGAUAUUGGCUUGCCGAAGAGUAUUGGGGCCAUGGGAUCAUGCCACGUGCUGUCAAAGAGUCGAUGGCCGACUACUUAUCCAACAGUGAUGCCGUUAGAAUUUACUCUCACAUUUUUGGUUCAAACCUCAAGUCUCAAAAAGUGCUUGAGAAGGUCGGCUUUACUCGCGUUGGUGUUUUCCACAAGGCGGUCUUCAAGAAUCAAAAAUUUGAUGACGAAGUCGUUUUCGAAUACCUCAAAUAA